CGGCGAUUACGUAACUGUACCUGAGCUUACGUCCUCCACCUUGAUGCCUCCACCAAAAAUUCAGUUGUCUGUCCAUCUGCACAGGCUAUAUCAAAAAACACUAUGGGAAAAGCUCAGACAAAGAAGAAGACCCAAGGAUGGAGGCACAACCCUGUUCGAGUCCCGGAUGCCCAUCUCGGAGCUGGCAAGGGUGAGGGCAAAGCCAAUCCUGCCAAAGCCGAGCAGAUGUUGCCUGUCCUCAAGAAGCUGGGAUCUACGGAGUACGCGGAUAGAAUCUGGGCAUGUGCCGCUAUCUCAAAUCUGAUUCAAAAUGACGCGGCUACCAGACGACUGUUCCAGGGCAACAAUGUCGUCGGCGCUCUGAUCGAGAGACUGACUGACGAUGUUGACGAGGUCGUCGUGGAAGCCUCUGGAGCUCUGAGGAACCUGGCUAUCGAUGGUGGAAGGGAGCUCUGUGGUGAAAUGGCCAACAAGGGCAUCAUCUCGCACCUUGCUGUCCUCAUAGGCAAGAUCUCCAAUACUGUUGAUCAAAUUAUGAGUUCCACUGUCCCCGACACCGACGAAUCAUACCAAGCUCGAAAACAUCUUCUUUCUCUCUCCGAGAAUGUCAUCUCUCUUCUUUGGUGUCUUGCCGAGGCUGGACCCAAGUCCUUGGCCAGUGUGAACGGCUUGAGCUGCGAAAUAAUGCUUGUAAAGAUUUUGGAAGGAAGAGAGAAGCUUGGGUUGGGUGUCUCUGCUGCUGCCGCUCAAACCCUUUUCGCCCUAUCACAGGACAACUUCCCCUUCCGCAAAUCACUCAUUGUCCACCCCACUGCCCUCCCCACUCUCAUCUCUGUCGCUCAAGAAGACCAUCUUCCGGCUGAGAACGCCCAGAAAGAGCGAGAGAAGGCACGAAAAGACAGGAAAAAGUCCAAGGACUCUGCCGCUCAGGGUGCGGAGGAUGACCUUCCCGACGGCCGGGCAUUGCUGAGAAGAGUCCAUGUCUGUGGAGUUCUGAGGAAUAUCAUCCGAGCGGGUUCGAGGGCGGAUGAGAAGGUUGGGAUCAAUGAGUUGACGGGGUCGACAAUCUUGCCUUUGGUGAAUGGACUUUUGGAUGUGAAGCUUGGAGACGUUUGUGAGCGUGUGAGCCAGUUGGUGCAGCAAAUACCUCCUCCGACAGAAACAUUAUCCAACAACUCUCCCCAAACCGACCACAAAACAUCUACCGACGUCGCCCUUGAGCGCAUCGAACGCAACCUCUCAACCGUGGUCGCCGCCCUCGAGGUUCUCACAAACAUCUGCGCUGGUCUUGAAGACGCUGAAGAGGUCGCUGCCGAGAUCGCUGAUGAAGGCGGUGCCGCUGAGGUCGCAGAGGACGACGAGGAUGCCGAUAUGGACGAUGACGAGGUCGACGAUGAGGGGCUCAUCUCUCGUGCUCGUGAGCCUGGAGCGGAAGUAGAGAUGGAGGCCGCCGGGGUCGUCAUCAACCCAGGCGCUACCCUCUCCCACUUGCUGAAGGCGCUCAAUCUGCCCGAACGACUCACUGCCCUCUCGCAACCCUUAGCUUUGUCCUUCCCUCCGGCUACUAGCGAACCUUCCCUGCAUCCCCCCACCACAGCAGUACUCUCCGUCCUCCAUCUCCACGCUCUUGAAGCACUCAACAACCUUCUUUUGACCGCUGUCGCCUCCGUCGACAACGCCGAUGGCUCUAAGGCCGUGGCAUCUAUCAGGGAAAAGGUGCCUGCGCAGGGAUUGUGGGAUUCCAUGUUUGGCAUCGUGCGCGCUGUUGGAGGAGAUCAAGGAAUAUUGAAUAAGAAGGGUCAGGAAAUGAGAAUGGAGAUCAUGCAAAUGGCUCUUGGAGGUCUUUGGGGUGCUGUCAAGGUCAACUCUGAGGUCGUUAAUGUCCAGCAAGAUCAAGUACAAGAUCUGAUGGACAUCAUCCCUCUCCUUCGAGAUGAAUCUUCCAAAUCCCGCGCCAUUGAGAUCCUUUCUUCUCUCGCUUCCCGCUCCUCGACUUCUCCAUCCGAAAACACUUUGAUCUCCUCCCACCUGAUUUCCCUCCUCCCCUCCGCUUCGUCCCCUGAACUCCUCAUCUCCCUCCUCAACGCCAUCAUCGAUAUCUACUCUGACGAGACCCGUUCUUACGACGCCGUCUUUGAACAACAGGCCUUUGCCCAGGUCUUGGCGGGUAUGGUCGGCAAGGUGAGGGCGGAGGUAAAGAAGGUUGAUAAGCGCAAGGAUGCAGAGCUGAGAGUGAGAGGGGAGGAGGUGUACGAGAACCUGGUGGCUUUCAUCAAGUGGAGGAGAAGUCUGAAGUAGAGAGUUGAGUGGACCAUUGUAUGCUGUAGGAUAUGCAUCAUCCAUUAAUGACUUUGCCGGAUGCAGAUGGCAGGUCUUUUACCUAUCAAAGGUUGACGGUGUCGGCUCUACGUCAAACUCGGCAUUCAAAAGAUCCUAAGCCGUCGGCGUUCUGCUCAUCUGCCUUUGAUGAAAAGAUGGUCAUGGAGCCAGCAGAGUGUGAUCACCAAUGUGAACCAUGCUGGUCGACCCUUUGUACGAGACCCCUUGUAUUCUACUGUCCGUGGGAAAAGUGGCAAGAGCGCCAAGGAUUCUCUUAAAAAUCAGAGAAUGUCCUCGUUCAGCGCAUCCUUCCAUGCUCUCGUCGAGGACUCCGAAUCCCAGCAAUUUACAGGGUCAGCAAAGUCGGUCUUUGGGAGCACCUUCGCCGUCAUAGGAUCGCCGAAUAUGGAGUGGUUGCUGAUAUAUAAAUAACCGCAUGAAAGAAAGAAACCGACCACGAGUCGUAUACGA